AUGGAUAAUAAUACUCCUACCCCUCCCCCACACCAACAGAUGCGGCAGAACCAAUCGUCCCAGCGGGGUUCGCGAGAGAAAGAACAAACGCCGCAGCCCUCGUCGUCCUCUCCUGGCUCCGAGCCCGCUUCACAAAUAUCUUCAAUGACAAGUAGAAUCCAAGAUUCUGCUUCGGGAUUGCUACAAAACACCUUUUCAGCGCCCUCCUCCCGCUCCGCCGCACACGACAUAGCCUCCACCCUUGCUACAGGACUAGACUCGUCCGGUAAAGGGAGCUCAUCCUCGCAUGUACCGCUACAAUCCGGGUCUUCAACGCCGGGUACUAUACCUCAGUCACACGGGUUAAGCCUAGGCCAACCGUCAAGUCGAGCUAGUGAGGCCCGGAGGUUUCCCUCAGAGUCAUUCCGCUCCGCACCACCCUCCGCGGCAUCGAACCUAUAUGAUGAAGAUGAUUAUAGAACUUGGGAACGGUUCCAAGAUCCUCCACAGAAUAACAUUAUCAAUGACAGCAAUGGCGGUGACGCUCUCCUUCUACAUCCCUACGAUGUAUCCAGCGGAAAGGGGAAGGGAAAGUUUAGAACAGAGGAGCCGGUAGAUCUCCUCGAUCCCUCCGCUAUACCACCACCUCCUCAUCCGCGUCUCUCGAAAAACACCUACCCAACGACACCUUCGACUUUGCCUGGCACAACUCCACCACCACCACCACCCGUAAUCACAAUCAUAGUCAAAACCAACGCAACAACCCUACCCGCGAUCUAUCCCACCACACCUCCUACACACCUCACUCCACAGACGGCCAAGCAGUCGUCGCCCUCCUCUCCUCCCCAACCUUCCAACCAGCAACCUUCACACCUCCCGAAUCCCCAGAAAGCGAACUCUUCGAGCUAG